UAUGCCUCGGAUUUCGAUAGAGUGGAACUAUAAAAAGGUCACAGAGCACCGGGAAGAUCACUGCAGUCGACUCUUGAGUCUUGUCUGUAUCAUCUGUACCCUACAAAGCAAAGACACCAGAGAUCAAAAUGGCCUUCGCAGGUGUACUGAGUGAUGCUGACGUCGCUGCAGCCCUGGAACAGUGCAAAGAUGCUGGCACAUUCGACCACAAGAAGUUCUUCAAGUCAGUCGGGUUGUCCGGCAAGUCCGCCGAGGACGUGAAGAAGGCCUUCUCCAUCAUCGACCAGGACAAGAGCGGCUUCAUUGAGGAGGAUGAGCUGAAGCUGUUCCUGCAGAACUUCAAGGCAGGUGCACGCGCACUGACCGACGCCGAGACAAAGACUUUCCUCAAGGCCGGGGACUCCGACGGUGAUGGCAAGAUUGGCGCUGAUGAGUUCAGUGCCAUGGUUAAGGCAUAAAAUGGCAACUGACCAACAACACCUGCUCUGAUGGAACAACAAAGCCCACGUAGACCUCCACCCUUUUCAUCUGAAUAUAAAUAAUUUUUAUACAUAUGCUUAAGAAACGUUUCCUCCUAUGCAACACACUGUCCAAAAAUGAUGAUUGUGAAUGUCGCUCGGUUGUGUUCAUGUCUUAAAUAUGAAUUUUGCUUACUGUAAAAUCUAUAAUGCACUUUCCAGGAACGAACGGUAA